AGAAAACCUUAUGCUCACUAAAACCAACUCAUUCAAAUGCCCAGAACUCAUGCUAACAUGAAUACCAAAGAACAUCCUCAAUAAACCAAAUACCUUUACCAAAAAAAAAUCUAUUUGAAGAUAUGUGGUUUUAAGCUCCUUAAAGAAGACCUCUAUGGUCAACAAAACCGAGUCAUUCAAAUGCCUAAAACUCAGACUAACAUAAAUACCAAAGAACAGCUGACUAAGGCUUCCUUUGGUUUGUCAUUGCAUACCAGUGAGGUGCAGUUGGGGGGAAAAAAUGGUAGCAGCCUCACUGGUCAGCCGUUUGGUUCAGCAUGCCAGUCCGGUGUGAAGCCAUCUCCACCACGUUGGUCAGCCCCAAAUCAACUGGAGAUUUUUGGUCCAUUUGGUCAAGGACCUCUUCCGGUUCCUCCUUCAUCCAGAUCUCUGAGGCUCCCUUGCUCAGACCUGGUCAAAUGAUGCAAAUCCGAAAUCAUCCACUGGUACAAAAGUCUACGCGCUACAAGGAUUUCCACCAAGAGCAGAAGAGAGCAGUGAUGAUAACAUGGUGUUUUGGUGGCAAGCGAGUAGCUAUUACUGGAUCAUGGGACAAUUGGAAGACCAUAGAACCCUUGCACUCUUUGGGUAAAGAUUUCAUUAUCAUGAAGAUGUUCCCAUUUGGUGUUUACCACUAUUCAUUGUAGAUGAGCUGAGGAGAUAUGCUCCAAACUUACCAUGCGAAUUUGAUGAGUCUGGGAAUGCUUAUAACAUUUUGGAUUUGCAGGAAACCAGCAGCAAACCAGCAUGCAGACCAGCAUCCUAGCUGAACCAGAUAAGUAGCAGCAUUUUGUUUAUUUUGUUCAUUUGUAACUUGAUUUAGUUGCAAUAUAAUUUAUACUUAAAGUUAGUAAGAGUAGUUGUUGAUUUAUGUUUGAUGUUAUAGCUGGUAUGUCAGCUACAUUUUGUUUGUAAUUCUAUCUAGGCUUUGGGAACAGUUAUACUUUAGUUAACUGCCAUAUUUCAUUGUAACAUAAAUGCUUCUCAAGUCAAUGAAACAGAUCUGAUUUUUUGAAAUCAAA